UGUUUACGUAUUGCAGCCUUCAGACGACUGCAAAGUGUUUAUCACCGUGUUAUCAGUGUUGGGAAUGAAAAAAUAGUUUUUCGUAAAAUUUUGAUUAAAAUGAAGAUUCUUUGAGAUGUUUUGUGGUGCAAUGAAAUUUAGUGUUUGCUGAUAGUUUGACUGAAAAGUGCUGUCAAGACAAAUCUUUCAACGGAUCAAUCAAUACAACUACUAGAAUAACCGACCAUGGGUUCCGAGCAGUCCCAGCUGCAGCAGGGCGAGGCUGCCGUCCGGGGCAGUAGCGCCCCCGGAACGCUCCGCUCCGGCAGUUUGCGGACGCAGUCCACGAACGCCACUCCGACACCAACCCGUUCGUCGGCAGCCGGAGCAAAGCUGCACCGCGGCAAUACGAUCGCCGCCACCGAAAUAUCCUCCCUCAGUUUGGACGAUGGCCCUGGGAUGGGUACGGCGGCGGGGCCGUCCUUCUCCACGGGGACACCCUCGUCCGCGUACAUCUGUGAUUCACGGCCCGUUUCGCCCCCGAUGAGCGUCUGCUCGGACUCGGACCUGCCGUACAUAUCGUACACCGACAAACCGAUCGGAGACUCACCUAAAUUACGUAACAAACAGCAAGCCAAAGGGGGCAAGAUCCGCCCCAGCAGUGUCAUCGUGGGACGCAGCCACGACGGGUCGUCAGCGGGCAUCCGGGGAGGCGUCUCCGGAAUUGGCCGACCGCGACCUUCCGCGACGGCCACCCAGCAAUCGUCGACGGGCCACAACAUCGUGGUGGUAAAGUCCGCCGCAGUCAAAGAGACCGGCAUCGAGAAGGAUGACGAUAUCGUCCGGCUGCAGAGCGUCCCGAUGUUCCUGCCGGUGAUGCGCGGCACCCUCUCGCUGCCCGCGAACCGCGACCCGGAAGUGCUCGAGCGCCUCCAACCCGCCCACAUGGUCAACAUGUGCAGCCGGCUGCAGUCCCACUUUAACACUUGCGCCACCCAGGUCGCCCAGGAGCAGCAGCAAAUCACCAACAAAAUCAAGGAGACCGAUCAGGAAAUCUCCAGCGCACUCGCACAGCUGGUGCAGAAGCAAAAGCUGUACACGUCGUACGCGGAGACCUUCUCGAAGGUGCGGCUCAUUUCGCAGCAGCUGACGCGCUGCAACGACAUCCUGAACCAGAACAUCGAGAGCAUGGAGUACUUGAACAACCUGCUGGAGCUCGAGGACCGGUUGGAGCCGUUCGUGUGGAAAACGGAGUGAGAGCUUUGGGCAGGCAGGUUUUAGCUUUUAGUGUGUAAAGUUACAGCUGUGGGUUAGAUUUAACACGUUGGAAAAUAUGCAAUUUAGGGCACGAACAAAUCUCAGCUUAAGCAAGAAUGUUAAACUAUGAUUGGAUUGUUUUUGCAGAAAUAUGCAAAUCUUGACAAAAUCAGUAUUAAAUUGAACAUUUGCAAUCUAUAACUGAAUGCAUUCUCUCACGAAAACACGAAUGAUUAAACUCGGUAACAUAAUUUCGUCUAAAACUAGUUCUGAAAAAUAAUACAAAUAUCGCUAGUGUUGCUUACAAUUCCUGGAAGAAAAUCAAAACUGUUCUUAAACAAAAUGUGCUAAAAGAAUACUAGUCUUGUCAAACGUAUCCGACAAAAAGUUUUUUUGGAAAUAAAUAGAACGAUUUUUCCAGGAAUUA